UGCCAACCGAUAGAAGCUUGUUAGACAUACACAUCUCUAGAGCAGCGGCCGCAGAGUUGUGAAAAAGAAGAUUGGAUUCGAUUUUUUUUUAGUUUUCGGCGUGUUUUUUGCAUGCCUUUGUGGAACCAGCUACUCCAGGACUAGAAGCAGGCCAUCCGGCAGUGAACUCAAUCAAUUUUAGUGAUUUUGAGUUACUAAAACCCAAUAGUACACCAUAAUUCAACGCACAUUCCCACUCUUUUGCGUGUGUGUGUCGUGUCUGUGUGUGUGCGUGUGCGUGCCUGGUGCGUUUGUCUGUGUGUGUGUGUAAUUUGUCGGCUUUAAUUUGCAAGCACGCCAGUAGUUGCGAUUUGAAAACUAUCUGAAACCGGAGAGCAGGCGAAAUGUCGUACCCACCAAGGGCGCCCAUGCCGCCCUACUUGAAUCCCUCGAUUCCGCCCCCGCACAUGAUGCCGAACAUGGGAAAUCCUCCGCCUCGAAGUUUUCGCAACUCUGCAACAAUCAGCUCACAGCCGACAGUUUACCAUCGCCCGCCAGAGCCGCAGCCUCAAUUCCGGGGACCCAUCAUCACCGUCUUCGUGGGCAACAUCAGCGAACGCGUUCCGGAGGCCCUCCUCAAACGAAUCCUGGCCACCUGCGGUGUGGUGAUCAAUUGGAAACGCGUUUCCACCUUCGGAUUCUGCGAGUUCGAUGGGCCCAUUGCAGCCAUGAGAGCGGUUCGCCUGCUCAGUGAAAUGGAGAUCGAUGGCAAGAAGCUGGUGGCCAAGGUGGAUGCCAAGAAUAAAGUUCUGAUCGAGGACUACAAAGAAAAGGAGUGCAAAAACGGAGAUGGCGGCAGUUCCGUGGAUGAAAAGACGGAGGACGAGUACGCUGUCAGUCAGAUGCACGAUCUGCUGGAGGAGCACAAGCACGAGUUCGAAGGAUUCGAUGGGAGCACCCGCGGCGAUCUCUACGGUAGCACUAACCGGAACAAGAAGACGCGCCGCGACGACGACAUCAAAAUCAAGGUGAUGAACGACAACGCUCUCGAGGAGGAGAAACGUAAUCUAAUCAGCAGCGAGAUCGGAAAAUUCCGAAUGCGUGCCGAGGCCGACGAGCACCGCAAGGAGCUGGAGAAGGAGAAGGAGAAAGAGAAGCUGGCGGCGAGUAAGGAGAAGGAGCGGGACAAGGAGCGCAAGAAGCAACAGCGGGAAAGCGAGCGCUCCAGUAAGUCCUCCUCCAGCAAGUCUGGCUCAGCGACUGCCGCUGGAAGCUCAACUACAGCCAAGGAAAGCGGCGAGAUUGUGGAAAUAGACGAUAAGGACACACCAUCCGCCACCAAGGAUUCAUCGGCCUCGAAGGAGACAAAGGAGUCCUCAUCGGGUGGACGCAGCAGUGGUAGCAGUCGCAACAAGGACUCUGCCAGUGCGGAAACACACAAGGAGCGACGAGCAGACUCCAAGGAAUCCAGACGCCGCCGCUCCAAGUCCCGGUCGAAAGAUCGUGAACGGGAGCGCGAAAUCCGAGAGCGUGAGAGGGAACGGGAGCGGGAAAGGGAGCGCGAACGGGAACGGGAGCAGCGGGAACGUGAACGAGUCGAGAUGCGGGAACGUGAACGGGAAAGAAAUGAGAUGCGGGAACGGGAGCGUGAAAGGGAGAGGGAAAGGGAACGCGACCGGGAGCGUGAACGGGAACGCGAGGAGAAGGUCCUGAAGCCGGUACGCGACUCCCGCCGCGAAAAAGAGAUGGAGGAGGAGUUGAGGGAGCGCAAAAAGGCCGAAAAGAAGGCUCGUGAGAAGGAGGCAGCCUACCAGGAGCGUCUCUCGAACUGGGAGAUUCGCGAGAAGCGCAAGGCCAAGGAGAACGAGAAGUACCGUCUGAAGGAGCUGCUGCGCCAGGAGGAACGUGAGAUGGACGCUAAGCGGCUGAAGGAGUUCGUCGAGGAUUACGAUGACGAGCGAGAUGACUCUCUGUAUUAUCGUGGCCGUGAGCUGCAACAGCGUUUGGCGGAGCGAGUGCGCGAGGCUGAUGCCGAUUCUUUGGAUCGCGAGAAGGAGGCCGACGAACUGGCCGAGCUCAAGAACAAGAUCUUCAGCGGCGAGUUUGAAAAUCCCUCGCUGGAGUAUGAGAAGGCGCGGCGCGAAAUCGAGAAGCUGUACGAGCCUCGCAUCCUGAUCAACGUCAACCAGGAUUCGGUGGCUGGCAAUACGGCGGUGCGUGGCAAGCAAGCUGCCUCAGCCGCCGGGGAAAGUGGCACACCAUCGAAUCUAUCGUCCGGUGGGCAAAAGCAGCGCAAAAACCCAUCGUCCUCGGAGAGCUACGAUCCGAACCUAGCCGGCCACAACGAGGAUUCCAUAUCGAACGACGACCACGCCUCCAUGGCGGACACAGCCUCCAAUGCUAGCGGUGGCUAUGCCAAGAAUAACAAUAACGAGAAGUCCCUGUCGUCGCGCCAAAAUAGUAUCAGUCGCCAGAACAGCGAGUCCCGCGACUCGCUCUCCCACAUCCACACGCCGACCCAGUCGGCCAUGCUGAACGACCAGGGUUCUGGGUCCGGAUCUGGAUCAGGGCCCGGGUCAGCGCAUGAUGCCCACCUGCCCUCGGCCACACCGCCCAUGACCAUGCCCCUCAUUUCGCUGACGUUGGGCAACAACCUGAAGAAGAAAAAGAUUGAGGCCACCGGCGUCUUCGUCAACGACGACGACAAUGACGAGAACAUCAAUCCCAAGAAGCGCAAACUGGUGCCUCUAGACUACGAUGACAACAUGAGCAACAGUACGCCAUUGGGCCAUCCAGCUGGCGAUGUUGGGAGCAGUGAGGGCGGUGGGAAGAGCAGCAGCAAUAGCAACAGCUCAGCGGAUCGUCAUAGCUCAGCCGUGUCGGCGGCAACUGCUGCAGCCGCUGCCGUUAGCCAGAAGAUUGCCCAGGCUGGGUCCGGGACGGGAUCCGGUACGGGUUCCACCGGUAAUGGCAAUGGCAAGAGCAACAGCAACAGUGGCAGCAAUAGCCACAGCCAUAGCAACAGCGGCGGCAGCAGUAAACACAACAGCAGCGGCGGCGGCAGCAGCAGCAGCAGCAAACAUGGUAAGAAUGAUGCAGCUGCAUCUGCGAGCAGUAGUAGCGCAGAUGCUGCCGCUACAAACACCAAAAAGGAUGAGAAUGGUGCAAAGGUGUAUGAUGAAAAACGGCGGCAUAUAAAAAGCAUUAUUGACAGGAUACCGACGCAAAAGGAGGAGCUAUUUAAUUAUAAGCUUGACCGCAACGAGAUUGACAGCGGUCUAAUGGAACGCAAAAUACGUCCAUGGAUCAAUAAGAAAAUCAUCGAAUAUAUCGGUGAACCGGAGCCGACGCUUGUGGACUUUAUAUGUUCCAAAGUGUUGGCCGGCAGUCCGCCCCAAAGUAUCCUGGACGAUGUUCAAAUGGUAUUGGAUGAGGAGGCUGAAGUGUUUGUGGUGAAAAUGUGGCGACUGCUUAUCUACGAACUGGAUGCCAAGAAGAGCGGCAUUGCGGGGAAAUAGAGCGCGGAUGCAAUACCAGCAAUUCCGGGGUCAGGGCGGGAAAAAGGCUGCGGAUCCAGGGAUCAUCGUGCGAGAAGAAGGAUCAAGGCCCUGAUUAAAUAGACUUAAGUUAAUGCUUCAAAUUGUACAUAUUGUGCGGCGUAACCCCGAAAUUAUGUUGAGCUUUCUCUUCUAAGACCCUCCUCUUAUUAGAGUAAAUAAAAAGCGACCAGGGGAACAUAAAAAAACAAAAAAAAGAGCAAUUCCGUACGCUCAUUGAUUUCUCAGUCCACCCUGUUAGUGUUAGCGAUAAUUGCUAAAUUUAAUCAUCGAUAAAUGUAAAUACACUCCAAAUUCACUUUAAAAACACCCACACAAAAACCACCCAAACAGAACGUCAAAAAGCAAUAGUCCUACAACGAGAAUACCGUAGACCAUUUACAUUUCGGUUUCUUUUUGUCCCAAUUAUUCUUUAUCGUGUUAUCGCAUCAAAAUCCGCUGUCCUUUCAGGCGACACCUUUUUUAUCCGGACCAUCUUUGACUUGAGAGCAAACAAAUAAAUCAUUAAAUAAAAAUACCCAUCUA